UCAAUGACGGGACGGACAAACUUUACCUUCAAGUGACAAAUUUCAACGAGACGAUCUAUUUAUCUCAACGACCUAUUUAUUUUUCUGCAGUAAUAUUGGAUAAUAAUGAUAUUUAAUGACAUUAAGUUUGAAACCAACUGCAAGUGAAUAAAUAAAAUUUAAAAACUCCGAGAAGACAAUUUAUUUCUUAGUAAAAAAACGAAUAUCGAUCCAUCGGUCAAACAUUACCCAAUCCUAACCUCAAUUCCGCAAUUGGUUUGUGACGUGCCUAUCGUUAAAAUGGCGAGAUAAUGUGUUGAUAUUUAUUUUAAGUGCAUUUUUGUUGAAGCGGGUGUAGGGAAGCUAUAAAUCUAUUAGCACGCAUCAAUAAUUAUUGGAUUUUAUGUGGAGCAAUGCAUUCGAUCAGUGCCAGCUUGUCAGGUUCCACAGACGUAAACGUUUCGACGUUAGUCAAACGAGAUCAGAACUGCAAAGCGAUCGACAACAGUACUGGUGAACCGUGCGGCGAAACCGAAGGUCUGCGUAUCCUCGAUGAAUUCCGCAAGUUAUACGAGAGUCGCAUCGAGAAAAUCGAUGGAGAGUCUGGCGGUGAUUUUGACAGAGUUUCCACAAAGUUACAGAUAAUGAGCGAUUGGAUUAAAGACUUGGGAGAUCAAAAUACUAUGCUAGUACAAACAGUGCAAGAUUUGGAGCAAGCUGCUUGCAGUAGAGUUAAGUUAUUGGAAGAAAAAUUGAAACAGUCCUCGCAGAUAGUGGAAGAUAACUUGACAAGAUCAAAUUGUUCUGAAGAAGCUCUAAAUAUUCUUUCAAAUCGUGUCAAUCAGUUACAAAAAGAUGAGAAGUUCCUGGUUAAAAAAAUAGAAUAUUUACAGAGUGACAUUAGAGGAUUAUUGGAGUUAAUCCGACGUGCAUGCUGCCAAAAUGUCUGGAGCCUUGAGGGUAUAACAUUUUUUGAAAUUCAACCUAAGGAUAUUCCACUUCCACCACUGAACUGUAUUUGUAACCAGGAAAAGGUAGACACCGAACAAAUAAGAUCCUUGAAUUUGGAAAUAGAACAACUUCAAGAGAAUGAGAAAAAGAUGAUUAGAUCUAAAAUGGAACUGGAGGGAAAAAUAGAAGAUUUUAAAACAAAAUUAUCAGUAAAGGAUGAGACCAUAAAGAGAUACGCUUCUAGACUUCAAAGCUUUUGUGAGAAACUCAAGGAGUACUCUAAACAGACAAGUCAAGUUAUUAAUCAUCCAUUGACAAUUACUUCUGAUCAGAAUUAUGAUAUUAUGUUAACACCUGACAUUCUGGAAAGUGUGUUAAUUACAAAAGAUACAGAAAACAAAAGUUUAUAUCGACAUCUCCAAGAAGUCGAAUCCAAGUAUAUGGUGUACACUCACAAAAGUAAUAUUGAUACAAAUAAUCUGCAAAAACAGCUUGAAGAGGAAUCUAAGAAAGUACAACAGUUGCAGGCGGAAGUGGCUCGUUUGGAAGAGGAGGUUACUGAAACACGGAAUGCGAUGACAAAAGUUGUUACGUUAAAGAAUGAAAAUUGUCAUGCAAAUAUAGGAAAUAGUUUCAAGAAUGAGGUGAUUAAAGAGAUGUGUAAAGAAUUGAAGAAAGUAACUCUAGAGGAUACGUCUCCUCGGAAAGUCCGCGUUGAUACAAGUAAUUAUCCACAGAUAUAUUCUCCACCUUCAAUAGAUCCUACACGUUAUUCUAAAAAGGAUGAACUUCUAUCAUUUCUGAAUGGUACAAAAGUCCAUAUACAAAAGGAAUGUGAGAUUUUAUCUGAUUUAAAAUUAGAACUGAAGAAAUUCGUUGAAAAAUUGACUGAUAAGACUGCUGAGGCGGAUAAUUGUAUCAUAUCUGACCACGCAAAUAAAAAUAGAUUUUGCACGAGCGACAUGUCGGAUAAAUUAGGCAGCUGCAUUGAAAUUAUUACUAAGAUGUACUCUGAAAGAGAGAAAGAAAUUACACUUUAUGAUUGCAUGAUAAAGAAAGAAGAAAGUCAGUGCCAUUGUGGAUGCGGCGAUUCGAAUAAUAUUAAAUUAAAUAUAAAUAGUGCACGACAAUUCAAGCUGAUGGAAGAAUUUAGAGUAUGUACUGUGGAGGCUCAAGCAGCAACAGAAGAUAUUCGUGAGGAGAUAAGCGCCGUUGUUUCGAUAUUUAAUUCACGGCAUCAAAAUUAUGAAGACUUGAGCAAGAUGGUCGUUAGUGUACAAAGUUGUUCAGCGAAAACACGAGAAGGGCUAUUAGAAGCCAUCAAUAAACUAGAAUUACAAGAAGAAGAGGGAUUGAGACGUAGCGAGAGAAUUGCGAAUAGCAAAAUUAAACUGAAAGAUAUAAAGAAUCAAAUUAAUCUCGGGCAAUCAGAAUUAUUUCGCUGCAUUAAUAGUAUACGAGAAAAUAUACAGGAAUGUAAUCAAUCCGGAUAUAUAGAAGCGUGUAUCAGCAAUGAUUUGUUAACUGUAGUAACAGAAGAAGUUGAACAAAUACUGACUAAUUUGCAGUUCUUUCAAACUCAGGGCGGUUGUAUAACGUCUAUACUAAAAGGAUUAAAAAGCGGAUUAUGUGCUAUAGACUGUUCUUUAAGGGAUUUGCAGAAGAAAACUGGUGAAGUAAUAUUAAACAACGAAGUUGCAAAAACGACAUUCUGCGAGAAAGAGAGUAGAUUGGCUAAACUCGAGGAAGAAGUAGAUUGUGCGCAUUCAAAAAUGCAGGACGUGUUAGAAACUUUCCUUUCCACAAAGCAAGAAGAGAAGGAGCAGUUCCCUCACUUUAACAAUCAGGGAAUAAAUGAUAUAAUAAAAACAAAAGAAGAUUUACAUAAAUUAAGGAAGGAAUAUGACGAUCUGAAACUUAAUAUGUCACAGCAAGCACGUCAACUGAAAUAUGAUGAAAAACUGAAUAAGUGGGAGAAUCGUGUAACUGAUUUGGAAGAUCAAAUUAGAGUGUUACAACAUGAGGUAAAAUGCAAACAAGAAGCAAAUAAUUUCUUGAAGAACAGCAUCCAGUCUACGGAAAAGGAAUUGAUGGAUGUACGAUCGAAGGCAGAAAAUUAUAGGCAGUGCCAGAGCAAGGAUAAUAUGGAAUUGAAGAAGAAAAUAAUAGAACUGGAAAAUAUUAUCAAAACACAGAAAAAAGUAGAGAGUAAUCUGCAGGAAAGUCUAAAUAGUCUAAAUAACGAAUCAAAAAUUAAGAAAUCUACAGAUAUCUCAAAUGUUUUCUGCAUGGACCAUGGCACAGAGGCAAUAUUUUUACGUUGUGACUAUCCAUCUAAACAUGAGAAUAUAUCUCAUUGGUUCAAAACAUUGCAAGAUGCAGUGCAGUCUUCCAAACUAGUAGUUCAGGACUUAGAAAGUGAACUUAAAAGAUUGAUAUGCGAUGAAUCGUCUAAAUCCUCUGUUUCGACAAGAUCCGUUGUGACGCUGAUAGAAACAUUGGAAAAAUGCAGAAAAAGAUUGAACACUUGCUCUGAUGAGUUAAGCAAGCUGGAGAGUGCUGUAUAUUCUAAAGAGAAACUUUUGGAAAAUCUGGAGAAAGUUAUACAAAUACAACAAGAUUCCUUAAAAAUGAGCCAAGCCGAAGUGAAAGAUUUGCAUCAAAAGCUACAAGAGAAGAUUGAUAAGCAAAGUUUUACUAUCGCACAAUACGAGAGAGAAAAGAACGAGUUGCUGAAACAGAAUGAACUUCAAAUUCAAACUAUUGGGCACUUACAAAAUGCUGUUGUUGAAGCUAAGAGAAAUUUGGAUCAGAUGGGACAUAAGGCGAUGAGUGAUCUCUGCGAGAAAGACGAAACUAUUCGUCAAUUGAUGAUGUGCGUUGAUGAGACACAGGAGCAAUACAACGAAUGUUUUACAGAGGCAACCAGUCAGGACUUGUUAUUGGAUCUGCAACGGGACGCUAUUGACAGUCUACAUAAAAGAAUUCGUUCUCUGGAAUAUGAUAAAUAUUUGAACGCUACUAUAUUGCAUACGACUUAUUAUUCGAUUUUAAAUGUAAUACAGGAACAAAUAUAUGGUCAUAUAAAGGAUUUUCAAGCACUGAGAUGUAAGAUGGAAUAUUUCGUACAGGCAAAGAAUAACUCUAAAUGCCAAUGCGAGAACACAAAGAACAUGUUAAAUUAUACCGAGCAGAAAAGACCAUUAGACCAGUUAGAUAGUACUUGUUCGUGCGCGAUAUGUUCUAAAAACGAGAGUUAUGAUACUGCAAAUUUGGAAUAUAUUUCACACAAUUGUGCAUCGUAUAUGGAGAGACAUUCGAGUAAGGAAGUGGAUAUGGAGAAUAUCUGUCAAAUCCAACGAUUAAAAGCAGAAUUGCAGAAGAUAAAAGAUACUGAAUGCGAUUUAAGAUGCGAGAAUCAACAACUCAAAACCGAUCUCCAAUAUCAUAUAUCGAAAACUGAAGAUUUGAUAAAGAAACUAGAACAUAUCAAACAGAAAGAAACUAAAUAUAAGGAACUUUUAUCGCAACUAGAAAAUGGAGAAAGAGAGAUUGAGAAUUUAAAUGGCCAAAUUAUUAAUAAAGAAGAAAUUAUUAGAGACCAAUCUCAUGAACUUGAAGCGCUUCGGAACAAAUUUCUUAUGAAGAACCAACAAGUAGAAGAGGAUUUAUUCGAAUUAAAUACAUCGGAGCAGGAAAUGUUAAAUACUUUAUGUGAUCGAAUAUAUUCUUUGAAAAGACUACUUCGAGAGAAAUCCGAUUGCAUGGUUAAGUUGCAAGCCGAUUAUAAAUUGCUUGAGAAUGAGAAUUCUAUAUUAAAAAAUCAGAAUAGUGUUAUUGAGAAUCAAGCUAAAGACAAUAUCAUUCAGUUAAAGGAAAAGCUUAAAGAAAUACAUUUGAGAUUACAUCAGACAGAAAAUAAUUAUCAGCGAGUAACUGAAGAUUUCAAGAAAGUUCAAGAUAAACUAUUGUUAGCAACAAAACGAGAGGCUGACUUGCAAGAAUCGCUAAUGAUUCUGGAGAAGGAUUAUUGUUCAAAAAUAUCAAAUGUAGAAAAUGAAGCAGUCAGUCUUCGCGAAUUAGUAAAUAAUCUAAGCGAAGAAUUGGAAAAGAUAAAAAAAGAGCUUAUAUCAAAGAAUAUUACGUUUUUUGAAAUACAAGAUAAAUGCAAAAAUUAUGCCGAUCAGUUGGAUGUUAUACGCCAAGAAUUUGCAAAAGAAAAGGAGGAACUGGUGAAGGUGGAGGAUGCAAAUUGUGGCUUGAAUCAACAAUUGCAGGCAUACAUGGAUGAAAACUACUAUCUUGGUCGACAGAAUAUUUCACUCAAAGAAAAUAACUCUACUUAUAUGAUUGAGUUACAAAGUAUGCGUAAAUCUCUGCUCGAGCUAGAAAAGGAAUGCUAUUUAAAAGAUAGAUCACUAAUGUACAUGUCAGCUGACUUGACCGAAGCAGCAGUAAGCAGAUCAGAACUUUGCAAGGAAUCUCAACAUAUAGUUUCAUGCAUUCGCGAUUAUAUGGACCAACAGAAGAGAUGCAUUGAACACUUGACUAAGAAUCUGGAAAACAAGCAACGAUACAUAAUGCAGCUUGAGAAUAAAGUUCUGUUGCUUAAGAUCAAGAAGUUGAAACGAAUUAAUUUGUUGACAAAACGAAGAAGAAUGCAUAAGCAGCUGAGCAGUAGAGGUUAUAAGAGAAUACCCAUCAACGGUUAUAUCUCGCCAUCAGAUGUACAAAGUGCAGGCACACACAUAAGUGUAAUUCCAAGUUCAAGCUACACAGACUUAUACAAGAAAUGUUUCAGAACGUCAAUCAGAACAAAUCGACGUACAUCGACAUCUGACAAUUCAUGUUGGUUUUCCAAAAUAGAAGAUUUAACAAACAAGGUGCGUAAGAGUAAUCAACGGUGGAGAUCAAAUUUUAAAAACGGAACAGAAUCUGACACUUCCUUAGAGGAGAGCCGGGAUUAUGGUUAUCAAUCUUCUACAAGUAAAUGAGGAAGAAUCAAAAGAGAUUUAAUUCAAUCUUAAUUAAACUGAAGAGAAAUAGCGUGUGAGAAGUUUGGCGUUGAAUAUAGUCAAUCGUAAAAAUUUGUGACGCGAUUUACGUUAAUUUGUGUCUUGUGUUAUUUCUUUUGCAUGAAUCUUAUUUUAUAUCUUAUACUGUUGAAUGUAUCCUUAUUUUAGAUAAAAAUAGAUAUUUUUUACAAAUAUCUGAUUUAUACUGUACGAACAUAUUUAUCGUAGCUGAUCAUCAAAUCGCACAAUGAUGCGAUAAUGAGUCAUGCAUAGGAGAUGUAACAAUAUAAGAUUUUCCAGGUAUAUUUCGCGAAAAAAUUCAAGUAUUGUUCCAGUUUCAUUCGGCGUAAAUAUUUCUGCACACUUUGGUGGAUCCUAGAAUUAUUGUGAAUACAUAUUAAAUGUAUACUUGCAUCAAUUUUUAACACGUGUAUGUGUAUUCAAAAUUAAUAUUUAAUUACCACAAUAGUAUAUAAAAGAACUUGUUCGAAAAAAUAUUUGUGUAUUUGUUCAGCUGUGUUCCAAUAGUUUGUGAUAUAAAAAUGGUGAGUUGAGAGCAUUAAUUCUAGGACUAUUGAAAUUUGAUGAUCGGUGAAUAAUUUCUCUCUGAAAUAUGGGUUUAAAAUUUGAUAUUUAUGUUUAUAUCUAUAAACUCUAAAUAAUCACAUAUAGUAUAUAUAUAUAAUAUGAAUUGGAAUAAAAAAUUUUAU